AUGAACAUCCCACUUAUGGUUGCUUGGAUGUGCGUUUUCGGUGCUCUGGUACACGGACUGAUCACAACUCGCCACACAAACAUGAAGUGCGAAGUUCAGGAUGAAUCCUUUGUUGAAGUAAAAGAGUGUCGAUUGAAAGUCCUGGGUCGAGGCAUUAUCGGAGCUAACGUUUAUUUGAAAUUAAAAGUGCUGCCCGUGAAGACGGUGCAAGUUAAUUUCAGUGUGUGGAAAAAAUUAUCCGGCUACCAUCCAUAUCUAUUUAAUACCACCGUGAAUUUCUGUCACAUUUUAAAGCACCCGAAUCCGUCAAAUAUAUUCUUCUACUUUUAUAGGGAAAUAAGGCCCUACUCCAAUGCUAAUCACUCGUGUCCGAUCAACUUCUUUACCCAACAGCACGACAUUAUACUGAAAAAUUUCGUUUUGAAUGAGAAGAUGUUCUCCCUUUUUCCGGUUCCCACGGGUAACUACAUGUUUGCUAUAAAAAUUAUGGCCAACGAUGCUUGGAGAGCAACUAUUUUUUCGUAUAUGGAUGUUACCGGUGACAAAUCGUAG